AUGGCAAUCCUUCUGACUCUAUUCCUAUUACUUCUAUCACCCAUACCAUGUUUCCCACAAGAAACCACCACCCUGCCUCCUCUGAUCUACAAAAUGGUGAGUGUCUGGGGAGCUCCUGACCCGGAGACCAGUUUCCCGAUGGUCUAUUCAACGGGAGUUUCAUGGGACGAUUGCAUUCAACUGUGUUAUAAUGAACCUCUGUGUGCUAUGGUCUAUGGGAAUAGUUCAUUGAUUUGUGUUCAAUAUUAUAUUGGAGAUGUUUCAAUAGUAAGGAAUGACAAGGAAGAGUCGGGUGCUGUGGAGAAGGUUUCGUUCAAAAUCGAAGCAACCACAGAAGAACAAAAACUGUGUACCUCACUGGAUAAGGUGUUGAAAGAAGCAGUGACUACUGUUCGAGGAAGUUUUGUAAACAGUUAUAAGGUUGUCAUUUCGAAUGACUUGUAUACAAUUUCUAAUGAAAAUAUAUUACUAACCACUGAUGAGUAUUCAUUCGGACCGCAAGCUCCGUGUGAUGAAAAGAUUCAAAAAGCGAUAAUUGGCUUCCGUGGAACUCUUAUACAACGCACGAAAGAUAUGGAACCAGUGAAGGUGCAAUCAUGGUUUGGUUGUUUGGCCAAGUGUUUUUAUGUUAAUUGGUGUUUUAUUGCUGAAAUGAGUGAAGCCAAGAACUGUUACAUUUAUACACCUGAUAAAGUCACGGAGUUGCGGCAAUCUGCGGAUUUCAGUAUCAAACAGAUUUCGGAGGAUAAUGCUUAUUUGGCGAUGAAGUACGUUCCAAAUGGUCUUUGCCCACUGACUGUUGAGGAUAUGUUCACGAAAAGCCAAAUGAGACAGUUCAACUUUCAUAAUAUAUACACAUUGUUCCAUCUUCAACCAAAUGCUGGCAAUACAAAAAUCGAACCUGACCUGGGUACAGUAACUUGUAAACAGGACAAUGCCUUGAAGAUAACUGGAAUCGCAGGAUGUUACAGGGUUUUCAACGUCCCAACCACUCACGACCAAGCGGUUGCUCAGUGCGCAAUGAUUAAGGGUGACGGAUUGAUGACGAUUCCAGAUACUGAUAGGUUGUAUGAAGUUAUAGCUUCGUCAGAAACUUUAGGAUUUGAGUCAGAUUUCACGCAUGUUGGCUUGACAAGAUCCACGGCGGAUAGUGUGAGUCUUGUUCUAGACAACACUUAG